AUGUAUUGCUGUAGUGCACAAGAAAGCAAAAUGGACUAUAAGCGGCGCUUUUUGCUUGGCGGGUCCAAGCAAAAAGUGCAGCAACACCAGCAGUAUCAAAUGCCUGAGCUAGGCAGGACCCUGAGCGCACCGCUGGCAUCUGCAUCCCCAGCAUCCCCCUUGGUCUCCUCAGCUGCUGCAGGCAGCUGCAGCCACCCUGUGUCCCAUACGACUCCGAUUGCAGACAUCCAGCAGGGAAUCUCCAAAUACCUGGAUGCACUCAAUGUGUUUUGCCGUACAAGCACUUUCCUUACAGACCUUUUCAGCAGUGUAUUUAGGAACUCGCAUUAUUCUAAGGCAGCUAUGCAACUGAAAGACGUGCAGGAACAUGUCAUGGAAGCAGCGAGUCGACUCACAGCAGCAAUAAAACCAGAAAUAGCAAAAAUGUUGAUGGAACUAAGUGCGGGAGCUGCAAACUUUAAAGAUCAAAAAGAGUUCAGCCUACAAGACAUUGAGGUACUUGGGCGAUGUUUCUUGACAGUGAUGCAGGUCCACUUUCAAUUCCUGUCACAAGCUUUGCAGAAGGUCCAGCCAGUGGCACACUCUUGCUUUGCUGAAGCAGUAGCCCAGGAGAGAAGGAAUGUUAGUGGGGCUGGAACCUCAAAUAUAAGCCCCACAAAUGAGCUAGAAGAUGCAAUAAGAUCAUGGAGAGGAGCAGCAGAGGCCACAUCUCGACUCCGAGAAAGAGGCUGUGAUGGAUGUUUGGCAGGAAUUGAAGUUCAGCAACUUUUCUGCUCACAGAGUGUGGCAAUCCCUGAACAUCAGCUCAAAGAGCUAAACAUGAAAAUUGACAGUGCUUUGCAGGCUUACAAAGUGGCUUUGGAGAGCUUAGGCCAUUGUGAAUAUGCAAUGAAGGCUGGCUUUCACUUGAACCCAAAAGCUAUCGAAGCAAGCCUUCAGGGCUGUUGCAGUGAAGCUGAAGCCCAGCAAACAGGAAGGAGACAGACUCCACCUCAGCCCAUUCAGUGUGAACUGCCCACUGUACCUGUUCAGAUAGGAUCACAUUUUCUGAAAGGAAUAUCCUUUAAUGAGUCUGCAGCAGAAAACCUGAAGCUGAAAACGCACACAAUGCUGCAGUUGAUUAAGGAAGCUGGAUGCCAUAAUGGACUUACACCACGGGAUGACUCUCCUGUUACUGAAGUACUAAAUCAGGUUUGCCCUUCCACUUGGCGAGGAGCCUGCAAAACUGCUGUACAAUUGUUGUUUGGACAAGCGGGACUGGUGGUUGUGGACACAGCUCAGAUUGAAAAUAAAGAAGCUUAUGCUCCUCAGAUAAGUUUAGAAGGAUCCAGAAUUGUGGUGCAAGUUCCAUCAACUUGGUGUUUGAAAGAAGAUCCAGCAACAAUGUCUCUGCUACAGAGGAGUCUGGAUCCAGAGAAGACUUUGGGGCUAGUAGAUGUGCUCUACACUGCUGUGUUUGACAUACAUAGAUGGAAGGAAGGAAGGGAGCAAGCUUUGCCUUGUAUUCAGAUCCAGCUACAGCGUGAAAUCUCAGACUUUGGAAAUCAAGUUGACAUGCCAUCUGGAAAUGGAAGCAAAUCUUCAGGUGGUCUGCAAAAGACGUUCUCAAAACUGACUUCACGGUUUACAAAAAAAACUUCCUGCACCAGUACAAGUAAUACUGGAAGUUACUCAAUCCCCAGUACGCCUUCCAAAAAUGUCUUCAUAAGUUCCAAUUCAGAGGAGAAAGCUAAAAUGCCCACUAACGUAGAUGCAAGGUUACAAAGCAUCUUGAACAUCGGUAACUUUCCUAGGACUGCAGAUCCACUGCAGUCAGUUCAAAGCACAGAUAACCAGCUAGUGAAUGGGUUUCUAGUUGAAAGACGGGACAAUUUCUUCAAGCCGGAUGAUGGCAAGGAUGACAAAGGCAUGAAUUUACCAACUGAUCAAGAAAUGCAGGAUGUCAUAGAUUUCUUGUCUGGUUUUAACAUGGGCAAAUCCCAGCAGACUUCUCCAAUGGUGAAAAGAAGGAACUCUGCUGCAUCCUCUACAGCAGCAGAACAAAAAUCAGGAACAGUACAGCAGCAGCCGCAGUCUGUCUCUCACACACCACUGCAUCCUUCCCAGCAAGGCUUGUCACAGCAACAGCAGCCACAAAAGCAGCAACAGCAGCAAAUGCAGUAUUACCAACACUUACUUCAACCUAUUGGACCACAUCAACGUGUACCUGCCAAAUGGCUAACUAAUUCUUCACAGCAGCCAGCCCAAGCUGUUGGAGCUGGAUUGUCUCAUAUAAACCAGUGGAACAGUCCUGGUUUUUCAGAUUUAAGCUCUGAUUUAUACAGCUUGGGUCUUGUGAGCAGCUAUAUGGACAAUAUGAUGUCAGAGAUGUUAGGACAGAAACCACAAGGACCUAGAAACAACACGUGGCCAAAUCGUGACCAAACUGAUGGAGUGUUUGGGAUGCUGGGAGAAAUCCUGCCUUUUGACCCUGCAGUUGGCUCUGACCCAGAAUUUGCCCGCUAUGUUGCUGGGGUCAACCAGGCUAUGCAACAGAAAAGGCAAGCACAGCAUGUUCGUCGCCCAAGCAACACGCGUAGCAACUGGCCUCUCCCUGAUGAUCCUCAUAAAACCUGGCCCUUUCCGGAGUAUUUCACAGAAGGUGAUGUAACAAAUAGUUGGUCUGGUACUCAAGGAGACUCAGCCAGCUCAAGUGAUGAGACCUCUUCAGCUAAUGGGGAUAGUUUGUUCUCGAUGUUCUCAGGGCCAGACCUUGUUGCUGCUGUAAAGCAGAGAAGAAAACACAGUAGUGGUGAACAGGAACCUAGCACACUACCGUCACCACCUCUCCUUUCUGCAGCAGAUGACCGUAACCAGGAUAAUAAGACUAAGACCUGGCCUCCCAAGGCACCCUGGCAGCAUACAGCCUCUGUCACAAACACACUACCUGGUCAAAGUACAUCUUUGUAUCCUAUGAGCAGCCCUGUCAGCCAGUGGAGCGACACGAUGCAGAUCCUGCAGUCACCAAUGUGGGCAGCAGCCAACAACUGUGCUCCAGCAGCAGGACUUUCCUCUAACUUUGCCUAUGCGCAGCAGCAGCAGCAAUCACAGCAGGCUUCCCAGCACAAACAGAUGAAUAAGGGCUUUAAAUCUUUCCCAGUGAAGCAUGAACGCAGACCGUCUUACCUGCAUCAGUACUGACUGCUUCUCACGUUGGGAAAUGCAGCACAGGGCCAAACAUAAAUUACCUGUACUUUGUUUCACAAGUGUGUAUUGGCUAUAUCCUGUUUAUCUCAUUAAAUACAGAACUGAGGGGAUUCGUGUGAGAUAUGCAAACUCUUGAAUUCUGAUUUACAGUGCUGAGCAAACAUGGCCAAUAUGUUUGUUUGAUGUAUAUGAAGCAGCCCAAAACUGUGAUGUAGAAAUGCUUUUGAAAAUGUGUAUAUUGCCUUUACUUUCAAAAUUUUUUUUUAUUUUUUUUUUAAGAACUGCUGAAGGACUACCAUACAAGAAACACUGUAUUUUAUAGCUAUUUUUCAUAUAGAUUUAUAGUUAAACAUCUUACUGAAACACAUUGAGUAUGUUGAAGCAAAUAUAUAGUGGUCACUCUGCUCAACACUGUGUUUAAAUUUCUAACAGCCAAGCUGUAAAGCCUUUUCAAUUCUCUGUAAAUGGCCUGUGGGCAGCUCUUUUUAAGUGAAGUGCAGCAGCUUUGUGUGUGCCACACAAGUGUGUUCAUGGUGAGCCUGUUGCAGAAACAUUGUGAAAUUGAGUUUUGUGGUAGUUUCCUUACUCUUAAGUAAAGAUCCGCAACAGAACCACUCAAGCUUGUGUCACAAAUGUUACCUGAGCUGCUUAAAGUAGAUGGCAUCUGUGUGGAUAAUAAGACACUGGUUUUCAAACAGAUACACAGUUUCUUACUGCUUUGUUUUGCCAAAGGCAUAUCCACACAGUGCUUCUUAAACAUGCGAAAGUAUAGCUGAAAAGACUACUUGCAUAUAUUUAAAGUCUUAUUUCAGAUGCUACAGUUGAAUAAAAAUUGUGAGCUGGCUCAGAAGAUACUAAACUGAAAUGUGGGGUAGCAGUUAGUUAAAAAAACAUUAUUUUUUUUUAAAGGAUAAAGUAAUUAUUUGCAGUCAAUGUGUGCCAUUAAGUGAACCUGUGGAAUUAGGAAUAAUCUUCCAACCAAAGUGGAUCCAUGAGAGUGACUGGUGCUUAAAAAUUGAAGAACAAUGGGAAAUAUAUGUAUAGCUAUCCCACUGUAUAUUAACUGAGAUUACAGAGGAUUCUUUAUAUAGUUAGAGCUUAUUUAAAUUUUCAUAUUUCAUCUUUGAAAGAGUCUAAAAACCACAAUAUUUUCUGGUAUAAGAGUUUUGACAGUAUUAAUCUUAUUUUUGUAUUUUUCUUAAGUCAUAUCAUUCUAAUACGUUAACUACUAGUAAAAUGGAUUAUUAGUUCUAACAACAUAAUUUUUCAAUGAAGAUAAAGCACAUUUGUUGGUUUUGGUUUUACAAACUAAGUACAUCUAUAUCUAAAGAUACCAAAAAAUAAAUACAUUAUAUCAGUAUACAAAACACUAAAACUAUUAAACAUGUGGGUAUUUAAAACCCAUCCACCUUUUCUGUUUGUUCGGUGAUGGGCUGUAUUAGCAGGCCCUGAUUGUUACCUUUUGUGCUGUUUGAGGAUGCCAAUGUUGCCUGUAUUUAUGAUAUUGUCACCAUGUUUUCUGAAACUUCAUACUUACCAUGUUUACAAAGAUUUGUUUGCUGUACAUAGACUUUUUACAGUAAUGUGCUUUGCACAAUCAGUGUGGCUUCUGUCUGUAAAUUGUUUAUGGUCUGUACUACUAUGAUUUUGAAAACCCUCUGCUGAAAAUGUUAGUGCUUAUUUAACUUGAUGAAUGGUUUUGAGUUUCCUAAACCUUGUCAUUUAGAGCUAAUAUUAAACCCUAAAUUUGGUUGUACUUACUGGUUAUUCAUACUAAGACCAAAAUGGAAGUUAAUGAAAAUACUUAAUUUUGAACUUUUUCUAACAAGUGCCAAAAUUAUUGCUAUAGUUUUUGCAGUUUGUUCAUAAUGACAAAUGCUGGCAAGUUUCUGGACUUACAGAAGUGAAUUGCGAAAACAAAGCAAGUCUGUCUGCAUUUUGACCACGUAGGUGCUACUCUGUCCUUUGCUUUCAUCAUUCUGAACACUGGUAAUUUUAAGAAUUGUUGCACUUGGCAAAUGAGUCUUGCCAUUAAACUUCACUUACACUGCCAAGUGCAAGGGUUUGGUGCUUAGUUAACUUACCCUUAUUGCAGUGCUUCUUGUGAAUAGCUAAUGCUUCUGAACUGGAACUGUACAUUUUGUAUUUUAAAGCUUCUGUAAAAGUAAACUAUUUGCUUUAUUAAAGAUACACAUUUAAUAGGUCAUACCUGUUUAAAAUAUGCACCUUGCUGAAAAUGAGCAGCACCUUAAACUGUAAUUUUGGUUUGUAAACAAAGAUCUUAUUUCAUUAACAUGGGAUUAUUUAACCGCUUGAAAA